AUGACGUCCGUGGCCAGCAUCACCGCCUUCAUGUACGACUGGAACUUCGGGAGCAAUUUCUCGAGAUACGACUCGACGUCGCCGGCCGGGUCCUGGGUCAGCCCCUCGGGUGGAUGGCACAAGGACAUGGCCUGGAACAGCAGCGUGACGAAGGGGCCCUGGAGAAGGACGUGGAAAUCCGUCUCGUACACGUGGUCUGGACUGACGCGCGUGAACUUGAAGUUCCAGAGAUCGUGGCCCAUCGACACGAGCAUGAUGGCCACCGGCUGGACAAUGCUGAGCUCCCUCUUCAAGAUGGCGAGGCGCUGCUCGACGAGCGCCGACCCCUCCGCGCCCCUCGGGAACCCUUCUUGGCAGGCCGACAUCAUGUCGCCCACGAGGGUCUGCUUAGAGGCCGGCUCCUUCAAGUCCAGGUACUUCUGGCAGUCCAUCGCCACCACGAAUGACAUGAGAGGAUCGUCGCAAUCAUUGCCCUUGAAGAGCAGCGGCUUCCAGCUGACGAAAAGGAAGUUGAGCACCGCGUUCAUAGCAUGGGCGCGUACGAGGAUGAGGAACAAGCCCCUCUGCAGAACGCUCACGUACUCGCGCGUCUCCGUGUACCAGCUGGCGAAGCUGUCGGUCUCCUCGGUCGUCGCGAGGUACCGAUCGAUGAUGUCCUUCGGCUGCUCGGCGGCCAUGGUGAAGGUCAGGAUGUGGUUGAAGGUGGACAUCGUGCUUAAGAUCUUCUCUAACUUACGAAUGCCAUCCAAAUUGUUCCCCACGCUCAGCAACGUGGGGAUCAUGUCCAUCAGCAUCUCCUUAGCGAUAGCCACUGCCCUGGCGGCGUCGACCCUCUUCGCCCAGACAGUCCACGGCGCCAGGAAACCCGAGGGCUCGCGCUCAAGGCGGAAACCGAAAAGGAUAUCAACCCACUCCUGGUACAUGCAGUGCUGGGCGGUCACCUCCAGCAUGCGCUGCCCCGUCACCACGAUGACGGCAUCGUUGUGCUCCCUUUCGGCUAAGUCCUGGAAGAACGCAAUGAUGGCCUCGAUCAGCUUCCCGAUGAACGCGGGGACCUCGUCGAGCUUGGGCGGAGUGGCCAGUGCCAGCCUGGGGGCGAUCGAGCUCUCGCGACAGGCGCACCUGCCGCGGCGAGACUGGGCGCGCUCGCGGCGACGCCCGUGCUCAGGUGGGGCAUCUGGCUGGUCGCGGCGCUGGGGCACGAGCGAGGCGGCCGACUCGCUGCCAGGAGCAGCGACCAUCUGCAUGAAGUCGACGAAGUCCUCUAUGGGGUCGAGGAGGAUCAGCUCGCAGAACGCCAGCCUGUUGGUCUGCGACUCGACGAGCUUCGUCAGGCGGGCCAGGCUCCUCCUUCGUCUCGUCCCACUUCGUGGAGACGGCCACGACGCUAGGCUUGCGCGACCGUGCCAUGCUGAUCAUGAGGUCGAGCCAGCAUCCUGGCAAGUGACGACACACUCGGCGCAGAGGGCCAAGUUCCGCUUGAUCGUGGGCGGGGCGACCUCGUGA